AUAUUUGACAUAACAUAUAUAUUUCUAUAUAAAUAUACAUCUAACUAAACGUUACGCCAUUAUUUUAGAAGGUAUCAUUCCACUGCACUUCGUUACAACUCUGCUAAUAAAAGUUAUCAGCGGACAGCCGUCACUUAUCGACGAGCCACCACAAAUUCUUUCAACAGAAACAAUUUUGGUAAUAUUAAUUAAAUGCUUUGAUUACAUCUACCUGCAAGCCGGCGCAAUGGACACAUAUUCGGUGGAUAUUGUACAUCAAGCUAUAAACGCAUUAUUUCAAGGCACCAAUCCCAAGGAGCAGGAAAAGGCCAACAAAUGGCUACAGGAGUUUCAAAAGUCGAUAUAUUCAUGGACCAUUGCAGACGAGUUGCUGCAUCAGAAACGCGACUUGCACGCCAACUACUUUGCCGCUCAGACGAUGCGUAAUAAAAUACAAAACUCCUUCAGCGAGCUGCCGCCACACACACAUGAAUCUCUGCGGGACUCGUUGAUUACACACAUUGGACAGAUUGACGAGCAGACAGACAAUGUGAUUGUAACGCAGCUUAGCUUGGCCGUCGCCGAUUUAGCGCUGCUAAUGGCCACGUGGCAGGAACCGAUUAGUGAUUUGUUAAAGGCGCUCGCUCCACAUCCUGCAGCCAUUUGGCCAUUACUGGAGGUGCUGAAGGUGUUGCCCGAGGAAAUUGAUUCGCGCUAUUUGCGAUUGGGCGCGAAUCGUCGCGAACAGGUGCACAAGCAGCUGGACGCCAGUGCCGAAUGUGUAUUAGAAUUUCUGUGCGUGUGUGCACAACGCAAGGAUCUGGACCAGCAUCGCAUUUGGAAUGCCACGCUUCGCACCUACAGCGCCUGGCUGGUGAUUCAAGCGUUCCCCCUUUCCCAUAUCUGCGACAAUGCGCUCUCCCAGCUCGCCUUCCGGCUGCUCAGCCAGCCAGCGGAAACGACUGGCAAACUGCAUGACAAUGCCACCGAAUGCGUCUGUGCCCUGCUCAGCUGCAUGGGCUCACGCAGCGGCAACCUGGAAGCCGACCCACAAGUGGCGCGUAUAUUCGAGGCAGUCUGUCAUUUGGAGACGGCAUAUCAUUUAAGUGUGGCCCACGAGGACACCGAUAAGACGAUCAACUAUUGCCGCAUCUUCACAACGCUUUGCGAUGCUUUCUCAUUAGACAUUUUUGAAUCGCAGUAUGCGAUGAAGGGCUUGGAUCUGGUGCUGCUAUGUGUAGGUCAUUUCGACUACGAAGUGGCCGAGAUCACAUUCUACUUGUGGUACAAACUCAGCGAGGAUCUGUUCCAGCGCUACGACGAGAAGUUGACAGCUCGCUUUAGACCACACAUUGAACGGCUGAUUAGCGCUCUAUAUCGACAUGCACAAAUGGAAAGCGAUCAUGACGGCCUCAUCGAGGAGAACAAUAAUUUCUAUGACUUUCGUCGGAAGGUCUCCGAUCUGUUAAAGGAUGUGGCGUUCAUUGUGGGAUCCGGUGCGUGUUUUAAGCAAAUGUUUAUUAUACUACAAGAGCCAAACACGACGUGGGAGCACACUGAAGCGGCACUCUUUGUUAUGCAAAAUGUGGCCAAGAACAUAUUGCCCGAGGAGAAUGAUGUGAUACCCAAGGUGGUUGAGGCGAUACUCAAUAUGACGGAUCAGACACACAUUGCGGUGCGCUAUACAUCAAUAAUGCUCAUAGGUGAACUGUGCGACUGGAUUGAGAAUCACUCUGACCUGCUCGAGGCUGUGCUCAACUUUUUGCUGUAUGCGCUGCAGCAGAAGAACGGCCUGGCACCGGCGGCGGCUAUUGCGCUCACUUCUAUCUGUUCAGCGUGCAGGCAGAAAAUGAUUUGCCAUAUCAGCGGCCUGGUGGAGAUAGCGCGCAGCUUGGACAGCUUUCAGAUCAACAAUGAUGUUGCUAUUGGUCUACUGAAGGGCAUAUCUCUGAUAUUGACAAAGCUACCGCAAGAGCAGCUGCAGCCAGCAUUACGAGAGAUUGUGGGAUUUCAGCUGCAACCGCUCGCCCAAUUACUAGAGACCAGCCAUUGCCAACUGGCUAAGGGUGAGCGCAGCGAUCCCGUUUAUUGGAUUGAUCGCGCCUGUGCGAUAAUACGCCACACGAAUCCCGAUGUGCCCGACAAUGUGGAGCAUCCAACAGUUGCAAUAUUAAAUGAUGCCUGGCCACUCAUCUCGCGCGUGCUAGAAAAGUAUCAGAGCGAGUCGCGCAUUAUGGAGCGCACCUGCCGUCUAAUACGCUAUGCCAUUCGCAUGGUGCGUAAGCAGGCAGUGCUGCUGGUGGAGCCGCUGAUCAAGCAGAUCGUUGUGCUCUAUGCGCUGCAGCAUCACAGCUGUUUUCUAUACGUCGGUUCUAUACUGGUCGAUGAGUUUGCCAAGUCGAAUGAAUGCAUUACAGGUCUGCUGGAAAUGCUGCAGGCCUUCAUCGAACCCACGUUUGGGCUGUUGCAGUUGGAGAACGGAUUGCGGAACAAUCCUGAUACUGUUGACGAUUUCUUUCGGCUGGCCUCACGCUACCUAGACUGCUGUCCGUUGCAGCUGCUCCAAAGCAGCCUCAUCACACCCAUAUUCCAGUGCGCGCUGAUAGCCUGCUCGCUGGACCAUCGGGAGGCCAACUCGUCGGUGAUGAAAUUCUUUAUCAAUCUGCUCACUUGGGGACGCAGCAGCAACCAUCGCCACAGCGAGUGUAGACCGCUGGUCAUUGAGCUGGCCACGCAGCAUGGCGGCGCUCUAGUCAUGAAUCUGAUACAGGCAUCCGUGUUUCAGCUGCACUCCUAUAUGCUCGCCGACGUCGCCGAGGUGCUCAACGAACUGAAGCACGUUGUUACGCAGUCACAAAUGGAGCCCUUCCUUGCCCAUGCGCUGGAAGCGUUGCCCAAAAAGAAUAGCGGUGGCUAUGUAACAGCCACACAACAGCAAUUGGAUGAGUUUAGUAAUACAGUGCUGAGAGCGGACACCACAAAAGCCGUUGCACAGGCACUGAAAACGUUUACGCGACUGUUCCGUUGAAGCAGUUGCAAGCUGCAUUGCUGCACCACCAUACCACAAUACGUUGGCGUUUGGAAGUUGUCCACGAUGAUAUGUACAUUUGAAAUUAUGUAUACGCAAUGUUGAGCAGCCGCUGAGAACAAUGAAGACAUGCCAACUUGUUGGAUGGAUGCAUGCGUUCGUAUUUAAACAUGUAACUAUAGUUGGUUAGCGUUACAACGCUGCGUGCGUAGAUCAAGCGAUCCUCACGAAACGUACCAUAAGUUGAUUUAUUUAAGUGCACCUUAGAUUUUAAUUUAAAAAUUGACUUACAAUAUAUUCUUAAAAAUGUUUAAUGACCACCAAGUGCAGCUCAUUUAGUUUUUUUUUGUAAAA